AUGGAGGAAUGGACCGUCGCGUCCAUCGUUCUGGCAGCCGGGCUUGGCCUACUAUGCCUGUGCUGCCAGCUCAUGUGCUUUUGCGUCUGCACACAAGUUGCGGUGCAAGAGGAAGACAUGACCAAAGACGAUCGUGAAUUCUUGGUGCAAUCACGCGGACAAGCCCAAGAGCGAGCAGCCCAGAAUACACCCUGGGCCUUUGACCACCAGCUUGACCAGCCCCAGCAAGCUGACGUGUGCUUCUCCUGUGGAACGACAUCAAAAGGGAAAAAGAAUGUGGAAGGUUUGAGUCAAGUCCUGGAAUCCGCAGCGGCAGCGCAACAGGAAGCUUGGAUGAGAGCGAAGGAGGAGAUUAAGGAGAAGAUGCACCGGGAGGUCGGUCGCAAGCUGCGAUGUGAGAUGCGUCUGAUGUGGCUGCUUCCAUUGUUGCCCCUCGUGGCAGCUCCUUGGACCACCUGCGCCGGAGGCUCGCCGACCUGGGUCUACUUACUGUACAUCCCGGUGCUGCUGCGUGCGAAGUACAUCGAGUACCAGCUGCUGCAGCAGCUCGAGGUCUGCGACGAGAUGCAACAGGAUCUAGAAACUGCUUGCAACCAGCUACUCUCCUGCAAGGUCCCCUGGUCUUUGAAGUUGAUCCUUGAGUUCUGCAUCGGUGCCUUCGAACAUUUCGACUGGUUUACAGACGGCGCCAUGCCGGUCCAGGCAGCAGUCUGCGACCCGAAAGCAACGGACGUGUGGGCGACCACUUUCGAGGCCUCCUGGUUCCCGAUCUGGGUGCCGCUGAUUCGUGGGCUGCACUUCUGGGGAGCCUCCCUCUACGGCAUCAUCUUCGACGAUCUGGACAGGAGUGGGCACUGGAAGGUACUGGCUUCCAUGUGCGUGGGCCUGGCGAUGGCACUCUACAAGCUGAUGCCCGUGUGGCGGUACUUCGCAGUAGGAUGGACGGGUUUGUUUCGGGAGGGUGCACUGUGCAAGCAGAGAUGCUCGGCACUUUUCUCGAUCUUGCUCGUGACGGCAGCUUACUUAUCUGGCUUGGUGUUCAUAGCUUGGAUCAUCGCCAAGAUUUACUUCGCUUUCACAUGCCCCGAUCACCUUUGGGGCCUGACCACUGGCUGCGUCUUCAUGAACUCCACAGCUCACGCACACUCGCAUCAUGUGGACCUCUGGCCCUUUUGA